AUGGCCCAGCAGCGAAGAUUUGGGGAUAGUGGUGCCUUUCAAAUCGCCACCACGGGUCUUAUGGGGUGUACUGUUGUAACAGUGGUGUCUAAAACGGGGGUCUACAUGGCACACUACUGGGAGAAUCCUAGUUUUUCACGACAAGCAACCUUCCAGAGACGCGUCCUCAAUUUCAUUUCUGGUUACAAACCACGAGACGGGGAGGACCCGGCCCUCGACCCAACUAUCUUCAAUGGGGCAGAGGACGACACACGCAUCUACAUCAUGCACCCUCGCAGGGAACUAUCACCCAACAAUCCUUUCUUACCGAACUACGACGGGAAAUUUGUAGAGCUACGUGACUUGCUCAAUGUACGACUUCUUCCUGGAGCACCCACGGCGGCGAGGAUGUACGUCGCUGUCCCAUAUAUCUUCGAUGAGAAUGGGGAGUAUGAAAGUGACCCCAUUGAGGAACAGCAAUGGAGACGACAUGCUGUGUUCCAGUAUGAUCCGAACGCGCGUGGCAACGGAAUGCCAGGCUGGAGGCUUUUCUUUGAGGAUCAUUAUUUCGACAGUACUAAUGCGCCCCCGGGCCCUGAGUCCGCCAACGACAUUCCUGAUAUACCCUAA